AAUUGCUUAAAAAAGCGUUUGCGCUGAAGACAGGUGAAAUGGUCGAUAACUAUUUGGAUCUAAUUUAUGGAGAAGAAGCUGAAGAUGAUGAAAAUGAAAGUAAUGAAUCUGAUGAUAAUAUUCCUGCUGCUGGCACUCAUAUUGACCAAAUAAAGUAUUUGCCCUCUGUUGAUACUAAUGGUUUGCUUAUUAGAGUUCGAGCCGCUAUUUAUCUGUCAUUAGAUGAAUUAUGGGAAGUUCUGACAGAUAUUGUUUUAAUUGCCACAUUCCUCGAUCCAAGGUUCAAACAUUUCAAUUGGGUGACAAGCAUUGAGCGAAGCAAAGCACAGAAUUUGGUGAAGACUCUAUAUAAUGAAUUAAAGAUAAAACUUGCUAUUCCGGAUAACAAUGAAGAGAAUUUGGUAGAUAAAAAUCAUAAUAAUGAUGAUGAUGACUUUUUUCAUAAGUUGGAAGUGAGUUCUAUACAAGCCGAAACAGAAAAAGAUAAUGAAGUAAAGAACUAUAUUAAGUUAAAAGAAAUCAGAGUUAAUGAUAAUCCUUUAAGCUUGUCUGUCUUAGUCCAAUUAGCAUAUAAAUAUCUUUCUAUCCCAGCAACAUCAGUUCUAAGUAAACAAUUAUUCUCUAAUAUUGGUAAUCAUAUUUUGGCAAAAUGA